UAUCUACGAACCUUCAACAACAACCACUUCAGUCUGUCUUGCCACUGCCAGCACCAUGCAGACCAGAGAUCUUGUGAUCAACCUGUUGCAUGAUCACCCCUGAAUAACUUCUUAAUCUACGCUGCUACCUCUACUGCGGCGCCGUCGGCUGGAGCUAUGCUCGCUCGUUCAACCCGAAGGGGCCAAUGUCUCUUCUGUGCCUUCCGAGCCCUUGUUUCCGAUGCGUCAAACCCAACCUAUAAUCUAAAUAGGGGCUUCAGGACUACCAAUGCCUGGUAUAGGAAUGAUUACAAGCCCUCCAAGCCCUCCAAAUCCUCGAGGGGCCCCAGACCCUCUAGACCCUCAAAACCUUCUUCGAGAUUCAGACCAUCCUUCAAUUCAGGGAAUGCCUCAGGGCGCUCUUUCAGGGGAAGAGGCGAUGAAGAUGAUCUUGGAUCUCAUCAGUGGCUAGAAAAGCGAGUGCAUAAAGCCCUAGUUGAACUCAAGGAGGAUUUAACAUCAACGGACGCUUCGACCGAGUCUGAUAUGUCGCAAAUGGAGUCUCUUGAUCCUGGAGGGGUCCAUUGGGAAAAUUAUACAAAGCGCCUGGGUGAUAUAUUGCAAUCCCCAGGCCAAGCGCUCACAGAGCAGGAGGAAAAGCUCUUUACGGACAUAGGGAAGGCUCAAUCCACUUCGCAAAAGAAUCUGCAGACAAAUCUGCAUUUUGGCUUUAUCGACUUCGUCCUCACACAGAACAUCAAGGAUGGAACAAUGAGUGGUGAUCUCCUUACCGAUCUGCGAUAUCCGACGGAAUGGUACACUGCGGCGAGACAGAUUCAACGGAAUGUCCAUCUGCAUAUCGGACCAACAAAUUCUGGCAAGACAUACAACGCACUCAAAAGACUUGAAGAACAGAACAAUGGUUUCUAUGCAGGGCCCCUGAGGUUACUGGCACAUGAAGUCUACUCACGCUUCAAAGCAAAAGGUGCAAAGUGUGAUCUAGUAACGGGAGACGACAUUAGGCGGGACGAGGAUUCAGAUGUUUCACUAUACGCCUCGACAGUAGAGAUGGUGGAGGUUUCGAAGAAGGUGGAUGUCGCCGUCAUUGACGAAAUACAGAUGAUUGCAUCUCCUGAUCGUGGAUGGGCAUGGACACGGGCAUUCUUAGGGGCCAACGCAAAAGAGGUCCAUUUGUGUGGAGAGGCAAGAGCUCUUCCUCUGAUCCGUGAGUUAUGUGCAGCAACUGGCGACACACUGGAAGUGCACGAGUACAGAAGGCUUAAUCCUCUGAAGGUCAUGACGAAAAGUCUGGGUGGUGACCUGAAGAAUUUGAGAAAGGGCGAUUGUAUAGUGACCUUCUCAGUGAUGAACAUUCACGCCUUGAAGAAGCAGAUUGAGCUUGACACGGGCCGGCAUUGCGCGAUUGUAUAUGGCAGUCUGCCGCCUGAGACGAGAGCAGCCCAAGCCGCGCUGUUCAAUGAUCCAGACAAUGACUAUGACUAUCUGGUGGCGAGUGAUGCCAUCGGCAUGGGCCUCAACUUGAGCGUCAAACGUAUUAUAUUCCACGGCGUGUCUAGAUGGAAUGGAACCCACCACGAACAACUUUCGGUCUCGCAGAUCAAGCAGAUAGGCGGUCGAGCUGGCCGAUACCGCAGCGCCCACCAGGAUGUUCAUAACACGAAGUCAAAGGCCGCGUCGGAAGCAAACGUUGGACUAGUCACCACUCUCAAUGACGAAGACUUACCCCUCGUCCGUCAAGCCAUGAACACGCAGGAGGUUCCCCUUAAGUUUGCAGGCUUGUUACCCCCCGGCGACUAUAUGGAAGAACUAGCCUCUCGCCUUCCCAAGGGCACUCCGUUUGAGUACAUUCUCCGCCGUGUCACUGGAUCGGCUUCGAUGCACAAACGCUUCAAGAUGUGUAGCAUCCGUGACCAGAGCUAUAUUGCUCGUCAUAUCGAGUCAGUCCGUGGCCUGACCACCACAGACAGGAUUGUCUUCAGUGCCGCUCCAUGCUCUCGAGGGUCAAGUCGUCUUGAGGCUGUAGCGCACGCCUUGGCUAGGGUCAUCGCCGAAAAACGCGAUGUAGACAUCAUGGACAUUCCCGAGCUCAACCUCGAGGUGCUUGAGGAGCCUAUCUCGGGAGAUAGAGCGUACCUCGAAGCUUUGGAAGACCUGCACAAAGGUCUUGUGCUGUUCUUGUGGUUGAGUUAUAGGUUUGUUUCCAAUUUGAAAGAUCGGGAUGUUGCCUUUUAUGCAAAGAGCAUGGUUGAGGACAAGAUCAACACGUGCCUUGUCGAGUUCUCGGCGAAUCCGGAGCUCAGAAAACGUGUGCUCGCGUACAAGAAGCGCAUGAAGGUCCCAAGUGUGCCCACGGACGAGACAGCGAUGCCGGCAAGCACUUCGCAGUUGGACUUGGCUGAACCGGAGGAAGUGCUACCGUCAAGUUGGGUGUCGGGAUCAUCGCAUACCGAGUUCGAGGAUGCUUCGAACGAAAUCUCUCCUCCUGCUGCUGCUGCAACGGUGGCCUGA